UAAAAAGUGUUCCGUGUAAUGUGCCCACUUCAGAAUCGCGUGGAGACCAUUCGCUGAGCAACUUGCAUUUAUGGCCUGUCUGUAGUCUAUAUUUAACUGUGGAAAAAUCAGUGCAGUCAACAUGCAAACUAAUAUAGUGUCGGAGAAUAAUGUUGAAAGUAUUUCGCGUACAUGUGAUUCUCUAAAACCACUUUGUCUAUUGCUUAAAUUAUUUUCACUAAAUUGUAACAAAGACAAACAGAUCUCCAACAAGCCGACUUGUUUCUUAAUAUGCAAGAGUAUUACAAUGGCAAUUGUUCUAGGAUCAUUAACCAUCUUCUCCUUAUAUUGGAAGAUUAUCAAGUUAUACAGCGAAAUUAAUGUUUCUAUUAAAAUAACCGAUGCCAUCCAAAUGAUAUACGACUUAUGCCAAUAUUUAGUUGAUAUAUUUUUUGUGUUAGUCUACGGACGAGAGAUGAGCUUUGAAUAUUUCAAACAGUAUGGUAGACUUGACAAUAUGAUUGGUAUGAACUAUAACUCUGAAAUUAAAUUAAGACUUUAUAAAUUAAUUGCGUUCUUCGCUUUGAUGUGGGCGACAAGUAGUGUUUGUGACUUCACUGCAUGGGUUUUUACUUAUGGAUGGCUGGCUCCAUUUGUAUAUUCCAUUGCAUAUGUUUACUUACUCAUAAAGAUCUUAACAACACUAGAUCUCAUAUCACAAGUGAUGCAGAUUGAAUAUCGUUUAAGUUGUCUUGGUGAUGUACUAUUAACAUGUUACUGUGCUGAAAAGAAGGAACAGAGUUCUGUUGAAGAUUGCGCUUUUAAAUAUAAUUGGUUUUACCCUAAUAAUAAAUUGGGUAAAGUCCAAAUUUCUUCCCUAAAGAAAGUUGAAUCUAAUGUACUUGAUGAUAUAAAGUGUCUUAAAAUAUAUUAUCUGCUACUGAUCGAGCAAUGUGCAUUUAUCAACAAAAUGUAUGGAUUGAGGAUAUUGUUGAACAGUUUGAGUUUACUCAUCGACAUGGUGAGGUUUACAAACAUAGCUGUGAGGUAUAUAAUCAUCUCUGAGGAAACUGUUGACACCGACUACUUCCCUACGAUAUCCAGUUUGAUGCGGUUAUCAACGUGUGCUGCUAUUGUCAUCUCUCUCGUACAUCACUGUGAGAAGGCAUAUAGACAAAGAGAUAGAAUUAUUUGCAUUUUGGACAAUUACCUCGUCAUGAGAGAUCCAAGUAAUGAAGUUCGAUCAGCGUUGAAUUUUUUGCGAGAUUUAGUUCAGUCAAGACCGAUCACAUUUCAUAUGGCGUAUUUUUUCCGAUUCGACUAUUCUUUGUUGGUAUCCAUGGCGUCAGUGGUCGUUACGUACACAAUUAUUAUAUUGCAGAGUAUCAAUUGA